CCAGUAAAAAUAUCAUAUAUCCAACACGUACUUUUUGAUUAAAUCGCAUUUUGUUUCAAUGUAUUCCUGAGCAUAAGGAAAUGGAUUUUUUUCUUCAAAAAGGAGGAAAUUUCGGAAUCGCAUGUCAAUAAAAACCAGAGGAUCACUUUCCGGUUGGGUGAAUGCCAAUCAUUAGCGACUUUUUAAGUAUAAAACAAAACAAUCAUGAACUUACUGCCAUUCCAUGAUUUGUGGAGUAAGCCACGGUGACCAAACAUAAACAUACGGAAGAACGACGGGAAAUGAAACAAUCAAUUUACAUAAAAGCAGGCGCAAAUAUUUGCACUUUAUUACAAAAUUCAGUCCGACAUGAUUAUGAAGGCGAAUAUAAUUUAUUGUGUGCUCUGAUGUACAACAAAGAUCUAUGCAUUUUAUGUCCGUCGUUAUCUAUCAUUUCGAGUGCCCCAAACAAGACAUCAUGGAGCUGUACAAACGGAUAGCUAUCUUCGCGAUAAUAUGCACAGGAGUUUGUUUGGCUGUUGAUCCAGAUUGGUCAUGUGACUUUGAAGAGGACAAAUGUGGAAUCAUUGAGACAGAAGGGAGCUGGACCAUCGGCAACGAUCCUUUCAGAGGGACUCUAAUGGCAGAUGUGUCUGGAAGCAGUUCACGUGACAUGUUCAUAUUCUCCAUUCCGCACAAUUUCACAUCACCGCGGGGAAAUUUAUCUUUUCAAUACCUCUUUGCGGGUUCUGAUUCAUCUAUAUCGGUCAAGGUUUGCAGGGAAGCAAGUGAACCUGCAUUUACAGUUGCUGGUACGGGAAUUCCAAUGGCAGUUACUGAAGUCGUUCAUUAUUCAUGUGCAAGCAAAAUGGAUGUUGAGAUAUCAUUCAUUGCAAGUAGGGGUGGUGUACUUCCUCUGCUCACAGUAGACAACAUUCAAAUAUAUGAAACACCAUAUAUAGCUCCAUAUGCAUCUCAGUAUGCAGCUAUAGGCGGUGGAGUUGCAGCAACAGUAGUGGUAGUAUGCAUCAUUAUCAUCAUUCUCGUUUAUAGAUGCAAGUGCAAGCCGAAACAAGACCCAAACAAUGGUUCCGGUCUCGAUGAGAUGGCAGGUGAAGAAGCAGCACCUACUGGGUACGAGACUACGAUUGUGGCUUUUCCCGAAGCCUCUAGCAGUGACACUUUGCGCAUAAACAUGGAGAACGACCAACAAGGCGAGAUCGAGAAUGAAUAUUUAACGCCCCGAAUGAAGAGAGAGACCAUGGAGGCAGAGUAUGUCGACAUGAAGACCAUAGACAACCAAGUAGUCAUGGUAACGGAGGAUAUCUAUGAAAAAAUGGCGGACGAUGCCGCAAGUAAACACGCCGUAACUUCGAAGGAAGCGGAAUAUUCGGUUGUAAUCUAAAGCUCAAAGGAGGGAAAUCUGAGUUCAUGAUUCUAAGCUCAAAGGUGAUGCUAAACAACAUCCCGGAAAGCUUCAUAUACAAUUUGUGUUGCUCAAAUCAGCCCUGGCCUGCAAAUAAAUGCAGGAAAUUUUGGUGUAAUUGUCAUCGAUUCGAACAUGACUCUAAAUCAUAAUAUGACUUGGUCAUUCCCUUAUUUCUUUCCACUUAGACUUUUAAAUUCUCUUCUGAUACAUCUUCCUGACUACCAGCUGCAACGCCUCCAAAAACGUCAUCGGAACUAUAUAGCGGUCACUACUUGUAGCGCUCACUAGAGGCGCCACUUACAUCCUUCAGGCACGUACUGUACUGGCUUUCUAUCCGCUAGCGCAUCAUCUUCAAAGGCAAUCUUCUCGUCUAUCAAGCUCUUCAUUGCACUGCAUCCUCAUACAUACAGGACUAAGUAAAACUCUACGAACCACCACGACGACUCCGCUCUGCUCAAACCCAACUUCUUUGCAUCCCACGUUCACGGCAAUCCUGGGCCGUGAAGGCGAUCGCUUUCAAGUUCUUGCCCUGAACCGUGGAACACACUCCAUCCAGCCUGACUCCAUCCUCACCUCCGAAAUGGAUUUACCUCUUCAUUCUACAUGUAAAUAGUAAGGCAAAAACAAAAACAACAUGUUUAGCGUCCUGUUUUUUCUGAAAAAUAGGAAGGAG